ACGGCGCAGCAGCGCAUGCAUGGCACAUUUCGACCAAACACUACUUCAAACAUUUCAGGUUAACUGAACGAAAACGACGUAACACCACUUACCUAUCUCCCCAGUCGACAUAACAACUAGUAUUCUAUCAAAUUUUGGCCCGUUGAACUUCACAUGGUGAUUCAAAAAAGAUGAAAUAAUCCGAAUUUCAUGGCAUACCCGCGGCGGCUACUGAACCAGACGACAACGUCAGCUGUGAGUGUUUAUAGACUGGCACCUGCUUGCCUGACAUCUUUAUGUCCAAGUGCGCGUUUGUGUUUUGGGAGCCAGACUACAUAAUUAGCCGGUAAAUAAAAUUAUAUAGGCGGGCUAAACGUCGUUGCCUUCAUCGGAUCAGGUGAUUUAAUCCGAAGUAUCACUGUCCAGUUGCUCAGCAAACGUCUUCAGACAUGAGACCGCAUCCUGGUGGCUUAGACAAACUCGGCCGAUAUGUUAUCCGAGCCUCCCUGCUCGGUCUGGGAGUACCAUACUGCCUCGUCAUAGCUCUGUACUGCGUAGUGGGCUGGCCCAAUACUAGCCAACCAGGGGAGGGCAAAUACCAACGGGCACUGCACCCCACCAGGGUCUUGAACCUGAACUAUGUAUUCAUGCAGCAAGUUGGAAUGGUGCGCUUCCUCCCCCUGUACUACCGCAUCAGGAAGUUUUACAGUGACGCGGAAUCAGUUGAAACGGACGUCCCUUUUGGAAGAAAUGGAAACACUCUCGACGUUUGGUGGCCAACGGACACGGAUAGUUCUGUCAAUGACAAGGACCCUUCCCAACAACGUCGCAAACCGAUCCUUGUGUACGUGUACGGAGGUGCAUGGAUGGCUGGUGAUAAAAACCUGUAUGGAUUGCUUGCUCAGUCUCUGGCCGACAAACUUGGGGCCAUUGUGUGCGUACCUAACUACAGUAUAUACCCAAAGGGUAUUGUGACCGAUAUGUUAAAUGACUUGGUGGACACCAUGGCCUGGAUCAAGACAUCAGAGUUGAUCACAUCGCUUGGGGGUGAUCCAGAACAGAUUGUCAUGUGUGGACACUCUGCCGGUGGUCAUCUCUCUGCCUUGGUGACUUUGAAUUUGGCUCAGAGAAGUGCGACAGAGGCAAUCAAUUCCAAGGCCAAUGAAUCUGCUUUGGAAGCAUCAAGUGUUCUGUCUUCCAUCCGUGGUGUUAUCGCCAUCAGUGGUGUCUUUGACAUCAGGGAUCACUACGGGUUCGAAUCCUGGCGCGGCGUGGAAGAUUUAUCCGGCAUGUGGAGGGUCAUGGAAGGCCGGGACAAUUUUGACAAGUACUCACCGACGUUGGUGCUUAAGGACCUGGACACGCAGCAGAUUGCAAAGCUGCCACCGUUUGUCCUCGUCCAUGGCACUGAGGAUGGCACUGUCCCCCUAUCUGCCUCGGAGAAGUUUGCUGCUGCUUUGUCUCACCAUGGAGUCUCCGUUGCCAUGGCGAUCAUACAGGGAGGAGGCCACGCCCCCUUGGUGCUGGACAUGAUGGAGGAGGGACGACAUUACCAUAAGGAGAUGACGACAAUCGUUGUGGAGCAUGCUCAACGGUUGUUUCAAGGUGGUGAAAGUUAACGGUUGUUGACUCAGGUUGGGAAGGUUAUGGAUUGUAGACUUAUAAAGAAUGAUAUUAUGCAAUUUGUGUUAAUCUCGGUUUUUUGCUUCAACUAAAACAGUGUCUUGGCGUGGGGUUUUACAUAUUACUGAUCCCUUAUUUGACCUAGUGCAGGUAAUCGGAUUUGUUUUAUUUACCACGAUUUCCGAAAAUAUUUUGUGAAAACAAAAACUUUCACUCAACUGAAAUGCAGUCAAACUGAAUUCGAAAUUCAAUGUAUUUUCUUAUUUUUGGCACUAGUCUAGUUGAAAUACUUUUGUUCUACUGAAAUUAUUUAAGAUUGCAAGCUCUUCGUGCUAGUAUAUUUUCAACCUAAAACAAAAAAUGUUUGGGUCCUUUGCAAUAAAUGGUACAAAAUUUUGUGAAUUAUAAUUUCAAUCUUUUAUUAAGAUCUUCAAUUUUGGCAAUUUUCCCGAAGCACUAAUACAAUAUAAAAUAUUGCAUUUAAAUAAAUCAAAUUUACAGAUAUUUCAUAAAUUAUAUCGGUAUCAAAUAGUCAUUUUCAUGACAAGUGAAGGGUAAAGGCUCAUAACACUGCCAAAGAUGCAAGAAAUAAUUUACACUUUAACAUAAUUAGCUUGACAAGUUCUUGCCUCAAUCACAUCAAUUUAAAAAAAUGUUUGCAUCUUAAUAAAAAUUGUGUCUAAUUUUAUAACAGUCUUUAUAUAUAUCUGAUUGGGCAUGUAUAAAGUGCGUGGGAGAACGUUUGAAAUAAAAGUUUUCAGCAAUAAAUUGUACUCUCUGCCAUCA